UGCCCCAUCUCCCCAUACCAUAGCACAAUAGUACAUCAAGAACACAUCUACUCCGUUCCGAGAUGGCAACGAUAUCAAGCAUUAGCCUCUCGACCCCGAGAGCCGUGCCCAAGUCGGCCGAGCCGCAGAAGCUGUCUGCCUCUGCCUCGCCGCAGCUGAAUUAUCCAUGGAGGAGGUCCUGCCAGCUCGCAGCUCGCCGGCGCAUGGUGGUCGUUUCCUCUGCCCCGGAUAAAAUAGAGGAUAAGGUGGCCGAGAGCAUAAAGGGAGCGGAAGAGGCGUGCAGCGACAACCCCGUGAGUGGCGAGUGUGUGGCCGCGUGGGACGAGGUGGAGGAGCUGAGCGCGACGGCAAGCCACCUCAGGGACAAGAAGGCGGCUUCGGAUCCCCUAGAGGCUUACUGCAAGGACAACCCAGAGACCGCCGAGUGCCGCACAUACGAAGAUUGAUAUCUUUUCGCUAUAGUCCUCGCCACGUCCUUAAUAUGAUUAAAUUUCAGUUCUAGUGUUUAUGCCGUGAGAAUAGGAACACCUGGUUGUACUUUCAUCAGAUGGUACCUUGCACCGCUGGAAUUUAUUAGUGACAGCCUGAAAACUUGCUAAUGAAUAUGCGUAUUCUUCUAUAG